AUGUUAACAAAGCUGCUAAUAAAGGAAGCUACAUUUCUCCAUGAAGUGAAGGAAGAGGUGGAAUCUCUUGCAAAGAAAUUCAAGGACAUUGGCUCUGAUUUGAAGAAGGCCAAUGUCAUGACUGAUAGAGAAGAAGAAUUUGAUGAAUGGGUAACCCAAGUCAGAGAUUUGGCCUUUAAGGCUGAGGACGUUAUAGAAGUCUUCGUCAACAAUGCAACACCAUAUGAUGGUUACAAUGUUCUUCAGCUGAUCAUGGGAUGCUUCUGUCAAAUUAUAACUCUCCAGAAGUUGAAAAAUGAAAUUGAUUACAUCAAUGUCAAGCUAGACAACCUUCCUGAUAGAAGCUCACUGAUCACAAUUCAGAGUCCAGAAGAUGAAGACCUGAUCUUAAUGAGAACUCAAGAAGAUGAUGAUAUGGUAGGCUUUCUAAAGGAAGCAAAUGAACUGGCAACGUCGUUGAGAAAGGAAGAACCGCGAGGACAGCUCGUUGUUGUAUCCAUUUGGGCUCAAGCAGGAGCAGGUAAGACUGCACUUGCUCGAAAUAUUUACAAGAGAAGAGAUGUUAACAAUGAAUUCGAUUUUGUAGCAUGGGUUUCUGUUUCCCCAUACUAUGAAGUAAAAGAUAUUUGGCAAGCCAUAUUGAAACAAGUUAAGAAGCUCACAGAAGAAGAAAAGGAUGAGUUACAAACAAAGAAGGAAGUUGAGAUGCAGAGUAUGAUACCAGAGGGUAUUCUCACAGAGGAAAUGAAAGAUGUGGCUAAGCAAAUGCUUGCAAAAUGUGAGGGACUUCCAAUUGCAAUUGUUCUUCUGGGAGGCAUCUUAUCUGCAAAAAAGAAGGAUAUAUUUGAGUGGAUUGAUAUGCUUGAAAAGGUUCAUUCAGAUCUCACAGAAUCAAGAGUCCUCCGAAAAGAACAGAGAUCAGAUGACAAUGAAAUUACAAUGGAAGAUGUGGGUAGAGAAUGCCUAAAAGGUUUAAUCCAAAGGAGCAUGAUCCAAGUUGUUGAAUACAAAUCAAAUGGUGCUCCUCAAACAUGCCGUACUCAUGAUCUCGUCGGAUCUUUAGCAAUACAAGAAGCCAAGAAAGCUAAAUUUUCCACCAUUUCGAAGAAGAAACAAUUGGGUGGGUCAGUGGUGGAAGGCAGUCGUCGGAUUGCCCUGCAUCCUCCUGAAGAAGAGUUCUUUCAUAUUGCAGAAGCGGAUCAACUGGCAUCAAGGUUGACAGGGGAAGAACCCCUGGGACGGCUUGCUGCCAUUUCUAUCGUGGGUAUGGGGGGAAUAGAUGCAGAGUCAAAACUUGAAGAUGAAGAAGAGUUGCAAAGAAUGCUCUGUUAUCAUUUGAAAGAAAAGAGUUACCUGAUCGUAUUGGACAAUACAUGGAGGCAAGAAGAUUGGGAUGUCAUAGAAAGGGUCCUCCCGAAGCCACUCAAUGGCGAAAAAUGCGGAGUGUUAAUCACGACUCGCAUACCAGGCCAUUCUGUUAGUGGGUCAGGUGAUUCGCAGCUUCAACUGCGUGUUUUGAGUGAGAAGGAAAGUUUGAAUCUCUUCCUGCAGACGACAUUUAAGUGCUCAAAGGAUGAAAUACCAGCAGCUGGUCUCACCAAAGAGAUAAUGCACAUAGCAUCUGAAUUCCUUAAGUUAUGUUGUGGAUGUAAGAUUUUCAAUUAA